GUAAGAUCAAGCGAUAAUGAGGGUCUCCCAUGCUCUUGUCAAUUUGUUAAUUAUUGGCUCUACAUUUGCUCAACCUAUAUUAAAUCAAAAUGCUACUAAAGCUGAGAUAGUUGAUGAUGAUGAAAAUGAUGCUUUUGAUCCUACACCUCCUGAGCUAAGGUCAUCAUCAAAAAUCCCUAUUCAUGUUAGAAAUCUCAAAGAAGUUCAACAAAAGUAUUAUCAUAUUAUAGGUGAAAAGGAUUUGAGUGAUAAUUAUUUUUUCAUCCUUGAAGACACUAAUACUAUAUUGACCAAAGGUUACGAAUUGACAGAAAACCAAAAGAAAGAGAUUGAAAAAGAAAAGAUGAAUAGACCCAUCAAUAUUAAACCUCCAGCUACUGAUGUUGAUGAGUUACUUAAGAAGAGCAAAAAGAAUAAAGAUAAAGCAUUGGCAGCCGAAGUUGGUUAUGGAUUACUAAAUGGUACAGUUGUUUCAGUAGUCAACUCAACUAAGAAUUUUAAAUAUGAUUUUGAAAAUGAUGAGAAUAUUAAUCAGAAAUUAGAACUUAGUGGAAUUAAAAACCACAAUAAUAGGGAAGAAGAAGUUGCUAUGGUACAAGUUAAUUCUAAUUCAGAUAAGAAAGAUGAAAAAAUUUACGAAGAUUCCGACUGGGUUGAAUUUCAAUUAAUUGAUGCUCAAGAGGUAGAAUAUUCUGGUUUGGUUCCUGUGAGUGCUUGUCAAUCACAGCAAUAUGGCUAUACUGGUUCUAUUGGAUUUGGAUUUGGUCAUUCAAGAAAAUUCAGUGCUAAUCAUAAUGUGUAUGCUUACUUGCAAAUAGGUUGGGAUGCUCGUUUAAUCAAUGGUGGGGUUAAACCAGAACUAAAGUUGACUUUGAGUGCUGACUUGACACUCAGUAUCUCUCAAUCAGUUAGUGGAUCUGUUACGUGCCCCCUCAAAGAGGGUCAAAUGGGGCAAAUAUUGAUGAAACCUAUGUAUGGGUCUGCUGUUCCUCGAUCAAGAAAAGUAAGAUGGAAUCAAAAAGCUACUGAGUUUUAUGGAUUGGAAGAAUUUAGAUUAUUUGAUCGUAUUUAUUUGUUAGUUGAUAAUGGUGUCUCACAAGUUCAUUGUGCUACUGAUGAUGUAGUUCCUUUAUUAUGUUAUAGUCCUAUUGGUCAACCAGAUUUCAGAAAUCCUCAAGGUGUCGAUUAUGCAAACAAGUUAAAUGAUGCAGGAGAAUACUCCCAGAUCGUUCCAAAUUCCUAUUAAUUCUCAAUCCUAUGACACAAAUUGAGACUUUUGUUCAUAGGAUUGUCGCUUUUUUUGCGACUUAAAUUAUUUUGCAACAACUUUUUAUGCGGUUUAAUAUAAUAAGUCUUCUAAGGAAACAAUAAUACAUUCACUUAUACUACUAUUUAGUUGUUUCCCC